CAGGUCAGUUCAUCGAUUACGCUGUUGACACGUGGAGCGUACUCGGCCAGAUAUACCAACCAUGAACUUCUUACCCAUACUCGUGGCUAUGUACGGAAUGGGAACACCUAAAGAAGAUGACUUCGAGGUUACGGGCCGCAGUGGCCUGCGGAUGGCCGCAGCGUCACGCGACUACGAACUGCGCUCGAACGUCGUGCUGGACGACCCGGCGUACAUGUACGGCGAGCUGAGCAAGGAGGACUUCGGCGACAUCGCGCUCUCCGUGAAGCGCACGGAGGAGGCACCAUACUUCGCCCACUCCGAAGCCACGGAGGGCCUGUCUUUUCCGGACCUGCCCGGGUAUUUCGACACUUCCGGAAACCUCAAGUACUUCGUGCCCCAGGGCCCGGACAAGGUGAAGCCCCGGUUCCUACUUCAUUCGAACAAGGCCAAAGAACCCGGCAAGCUCCUCUUCGAGACUGGCUUGGAUUGGGUUGGCUUUAGCGACAUGGCGUCGAUGAUCGAUCCUGGCCAGAAGUUGUACAUAAUCGUGCACGGCUUUCUGAGCAGUGCCAAGACGGAAUGGAUGCAGGACAUGAAGAACGAAAUACUAGACAAGGAAAACGCGUCCGUGGUGCUCGUGGACUGGAGCAAGGGGUGCGGCUCGGUUCUGGGCUACAGCACGGCGGCGGCCAACACCCGUACCGUUGCCCGCACGCUGGCGUUGCUGGUAAAGACGCUGGCAGACGCCGGCGCAGUGGCGCUCGAGCACGUCCACUACAUCGGCCACAGCCUGGGCGCCCAGACCGGAGGCUUCUUCGGCAAGGACGUCAAGCAACUCACGGGAGGGCUCGUCGGACGCAUCACUGGUCUGGAUCCCGCCGGUCCCCUGUUCGAGGCGUACGGCAUCCACCUGACCGCCGAUGACGCCGACUUCGUGGACGUGCUUCACACGAGCGUCGGCAGCGGAUGGACGGACGUUGUCCAGGGCCGGCUGGGCAUGCGCAAAAGCUGCGGACACGUGGACUUCUACCCGAACGGUGGCAAACAACAACCCGGUUGCUGGAAAUUCAGCUCCUGUUCGCACUCGAAGGCGACCGAGUUCUACGCCGAUUCGGUGCGCUACUGCAACUUCCCGACACGCUCGUGCAAGAGCUACGACGACUUUCUGGCCGGCACGUGCGCGUCCAGCUGCGCAGACGGCCGCACUUGCGGCCACAUGGGACAUCCGGCCAGCAUGCCUUUAACGGGCAACCACUUCACGAAGACAUCGAAGCAGCAGUGCGCCUUCAAGCCCGUGCGCAUCAACCUGCGCACGCAGACGGUGUCGCGGACGCUGGACCCGGACGCGAUGCUGAUUAACUCGUUGGGGCGUUCGGCGAAGAUCCUGCUCGAAGAGGCCGAGCCCGAGGAACGCCGGGAACUGCUGGACGCGCUGAGAGAGGAGAUGGCUGUGCGCACGGGUCAGCGGUCUGCGUACGCGGAUUAACCUUUAAACUAACCGCAGGACUGGUAUACUACGUCUAAAAACAGUAAUAUGAUUAUUAUAAAUUACUGACGCUU